AUGUCUAGCCGUCGCCGCCGCUGUAGCCGUCACCGUCGCCGUAGCUCGCCGUGCUGCCCAUGUGCCAACAAGUCUUCUCUUCCUCACCUCCAUGGGAAGCACCGGUUCAAGGACAACAACGAGGAUGAGUUGUUCGACGUCUUUCUCCUCUUCAAUAUUUCUCGCAACUUCCUUUUGCUCUCCAUCCGCGCCUGGGACAACGACGGCGAGUUCCUCCUCAUCGAGGCAGCGACAAACUCCAGAUCGUCCCCAAGAAACACUUCCCCUACCCUAGCUUACCUGAAUCGUUGA